AUGUCUGCUAGGGCUCGGCGGCUUUUUGGGGGUACCAGGAGAGCCUUGCGUGGGAGGACUGGUCCAGAAUCCACGGAUCAGCCUCCUGCGGAGAGGUUGGAGACGUUGGAGGAGACUGUCGAGGAGGCAGUGGGCCCCCUCCCGCGCUACCUCGUACUCCUGCCUCUCCAAGCGGCACUCCAGGGACAGGAGGAGAGGUUCCUUCAGUGGGUGAACUACCAGGAGCUUUCCACACAGGCCCCUUCAUCCGUGACUCAGGACUUCGUCGUGGAGGCAGUGUUGGAAAUGGACCAUGUGGAGGGCGAGGCGAGGACCAUGGAUCCUUCUCCGAAUCGUCAACGCCACUCGGGAACGGUGGAAAAGUUGGAGACCCUCGAGGAGUCUGUGGGCCCCCUCCCGCGCUACCUCGUACUCCUGCCUCUCCAAGCGGCACUCCAGGGACAGGAGGAGAGGUUCCUUCAGUGGGUGAACUACCAGGAGCUUUCCACACAGGCCCCUUCAUCCGUGACUCAGGACUUCGUCGUGGAGGCAGUGUUGGAAAUGGACCAUGUGGAGGGCGAGGCGAGGACCAUGGAUCCUUCUCCGAAUCGUCAACGCCACUCGGGAACGGUGGAAAAGUUGGAGACCCUCGAGGAGGCUGUGGGCCCCCUCUCGCUCCACCUCGUACUCUUGCUGCAUCCCCAAGCGGCACUCGAGGCGGAACAGGAGGGGGUCCUUCAGUGGGUGAACCACCAGGAACUCUCCAGACAGGCCCAUUCCUCCGUGGGUCAGGACUUCUUCGUGGAGGCAGUGGUGGUAAUGGGUCACGUGGAGGGACAGGCGGAGGCACUGGAGAACCCUGCCCUGGGCCCCUUCCCGCGCCACCUCCUACUUCUGCUGCUGCAGUCGAGUUUCCACUGGGAGCACCAACAAGGUAGUAUCCAUCUUUUAGAGCAUGCCCACUUGGCAGAGGACCGCCGUCUGCACCUGGUGCUGGUCCUCCUGCACCUUGAGGGAACUUUGGACCACUCGACGGCCGAGGGAAAGCUGGAGUGUGAGGACGAGGGAAGGCCGAAGCCGCCUAUGAGGUAG